UAGUAGUUCAUUCUGUAUCAGUAGGUCCAUAGAUCCCUGCAAAGCAAUGUCCUUAAUUAUAAGAGUAACAGAAAUAGUUUUGUUUUUCUUGCUUUUCCAUGGCUAUUUCGCUUUUGCUUCGGACCCAGAUCCUGUUAGAGACUACUGCAUACUUAAUACAGAUUCUGAAGCUGAUCAUAGUUCCUGCAAGAACUCAUCAGCUGCAACAGUAGAAGAUUUCAUUUUUUCUGGGAUACAAAAAUCUCCUGGAAAAUUCGACGAAACAGGACUAUCUUCCAAUCCAGUAAAUGUGAACGUGUUUCCAGGGCUGAGCACACUAGGCAUGUCGCUUGUAAGAGCUGAUUUUGAAGUUGGUGGUGUGAAUGUGCCUCAUUUCCAUCCAAGAGCAACUGAGGUUGCAUAUGUUCUGGAAGGGAAAAUAUAUUCAGGAUUCGUCGAUUCGCAGAAUCGAGUUUUUGCCAAGGUGAUUGAGAAAGGAGAGAUCAUGGUGUUUCCAAGAGGUCUAAUGCAUUUCCAGAUGAACAUUGGAGACAAACCAGCAACUAUCUUGGGUAGUUUUAAUAGCCAAAAUCCUGGAUUGCAGAGAAUCCCAACUGCUGUAUUUGGUUCAGGAAUUAAAGAAGAGCUCCUGGAGAAGGCUUUUGGAUUGAGUUCCAAGGAGAUUGCCAAGCUCAGGAAAAGAUUUGCUCUCCAUGAUUGAGCUAAAAUGGCUGAAGGGUAUGUAUUAAUUUGUCCAUUCAUGCAGAAGACUGAUAAGCUCAUAACUCUGUGAGUUGAUAUUUAAAAAUUAGAUCAUGGGAUUUUAUUCUUUUGUGCUGUUUUUAAUUGGAAGUAUAAUCAAUCAAGUGAUUUUUAUC